AUAGUAUCUACCUUUACCGAUUCAUGCUUUCUCGUAUUGGACAAUGAUGGCGGAUUAUAACAGUUCCCAAAAUGUACAGCGUCUUCGGGGUUACUAUGAAAGAGGACUAUCCACCAGUCCUUCCACUAUGCCCAACGCUUAUGAUGAGACUGAACACCAAAUAAUUACUAAUGGUCUAGGUUUACGGGUCAAGGAAGUUGAGCAGAAAAGCAGAUCGAAAAAGGGAGUCACUGCCAUGGAUCCUUGUCGAUCAACGAGCUCGAUGGAGAAACAGGUCUGUGAAGAAUCCGCUGUUGUAGAGGAAAAAGAAAACAGAAGCGGCGCAUCGAGAAUGGAAGACAAACAGAGCUUGCACGCAUUCAUAUUUGAUGGAACUGACGACAUUCACGAGCUAGAGUGGAAGAAAGAAGAGGCUGAUCGGGAGACUGAGGAGCUUGUUGAUCAAAUUGAGCAAUGCCAACUUACGAUAGACGAUUUACGCAAGCAAAUAAGCGGUCUCCAAGCAAGAGAAAUAAAACUCAUACAAUGCAACGAAAAGAUCAAUGAGGAUCUCGCUGAUCAGAUCAAAGACCUGCGUGAGAGGCUCCGAGAAAGCAAACUUCGGGAACGAGAACUCCAAGCCCAACUUGAACGCAGCCGCCAGGUCAAAGAAGAUCUUCGAAUGGAGCUUGAGGAAACUAAAGUUAGAGCCAUUCAACUUCGUCAAAGCAAAGCCAGGGAGCGUGAAUCCGAUUCAAUUCAGCAUACAAGAAGAGAGCAGGGACAGCUGUCACAUGAACUACUGCAGCAGCUGGUCGAGGUGACCGUUGAGAACAUUUCACAGAGAAACGCCCCAGCCGCCAAUACGCAGCAAGUUAUCUACCAGCGCCAUCCGCAUGAUGUUGAUAUUAUCGCCGAACAGAAUCAAGCAAUAUCUUACUUGAAGCAAGAAAAUUCUCAUGCGGAGCGGAAAGCUCGCCGGGCCAACUUAGAAGCGGAAUAUUUCAGGAACGAAUUCAUGAAGUCGAGUAAGAAAAAGCAACCGAGAGGCGAGAAAGUGAUCGCGUUAUCAAGACAGGGAGGCAUCACAAGCCUCUUAGCCUAUACGCAAACAUGAGGAACCUGGAACGAAUGAAAGGAUUUUUACUGCAGGUCAAACGGUUUAGAGAGCGGUUCAGAACGAGGAGCAAUAUAAAUAUGAGUUAUCUUACUUGUCUGCAACAUCCGCCUGACAUGUUAUGAUUUUAGCACAUACACAGUAGAAUCGAUGAUUCUAAUUUG